CCAACACUUCUGUGUUUCCCGCUUCUCUGGAUACUUCUUCUCGGGGCUGCAACCAACCCGUGCAACGGUACCGGAGCAGGGUAUCCGAGUGAUUGGACCUGCCGCGACCAACCAACCAACCAUAUCAAGACCCAGCCAGAGUCGUAUAACUAUAAACAUUUCGACCUUACUCCCCUGCUGUGCCGCAUCCCAUCUCGCAUUCAUCAAAACGAGGGCGGCGCCACUUUUUUUUUGGCCUUUCAGUUUAUGUCUUCUCCUUCAAGCCCCCUCGCAGAUAUACUACACAACAAGUCAUGAAUUGAUGCUCGAUUAAAGAUGUGGUCGCCGUCACUCUCUUCGUUUUCUGUUUUAUUGGCUGCUCUGCAGCCCGUCGCGGCAAUCUGGCCGGCACCCCAAAGCUUGACGACGGGCAGCUCGGUUCUAUACUUGAACCAGAACAUCAAGGUCACAUACAAUGGAGAAUCCAUUCCGUACACGUACGGAUAUGUGUCUCGCGAGUUGACCAGCAAGGAGGUCGUUCAGGCAGGCAUUUCCCGGACGCUCGCGGGCAUUUUUGAGAGCAAGUUCGUCCCUUGGAAGCUGCACAAGCGCGGGUCCAAGUGGGAGCCCGACCUGUCGCAGGGCCAGCAGUGGAUCAAGACGCUGGAGAUCGUCCAGAAGGGCAAGGACGAGCCCAGCACCUUCAAGCCCCUCGCCGGCCAGGUGGACGAGUCGUACAACCUGACGGUGAGCGCCAAGGGCGAAGCCAAGCUCGCAGCCGUUUCGUCCAUCGGCGUGCUCCGCGGCCUCGAGACCUUCUCGCAGCUGUUCUACCAGCACUCGGCCGGCACCUUCUGGUACACCCCGUUCGCGCCCGUGUCGGUGCAGGACGCGCCCAAGUUCCCCCACCGCGGCGUCCUGAUCGACACGGCGCGCAACUUCCUCCCCGUCGCCGACAUCCUGCGCACCAUCGACGCCAUGGCCUGGAGCAAGCUGAACCGGCUGCACGUCCACGUGACCGACUCCCAGUCGUGGCCGCUCGUGAUCCCCUCAUUGCCCGAGGUCUCGGAGAAGGGCGCCUACCACCCGAGCCAGACGUACUCGCCCGAGGAUGUCGAGAAGAUCCAGACGUACGGCGCCGAGCGGGGCGUCGAGGUGUACUUUGAGAUCGACAUGCCGGGCCACAUCGGGGUGGUGUCGCUGUCGCACCCGGAGCUGAUCGUGGCCUACAAUCUGCAGCCCUACCAGUGGUGGUGCCAGGAGCCGCCGUGCGGCGCCUUCAAGCUCAACAAUACCGCGGUCGACGCGUUCCUGGACAAGCUGUUCGACGACCUCCUGCCGCGGCUGGCGCCGUACUCGGCCUACUUCCACACGGGCGGCGACGAGCUCAACCGGAACGACUCGAUGCUGGACGAGGGCAUCCGGUCCAACGACACCGAGGUGCUGCGGCCGCUGCUGCAAAAGUUCAUCGACAAGCAGCACGCGCGCGUCCGCGCGGCCGGCCUGACCCCGAUCACCUGGGAGGAGAUCCCGCUCGAGUGGGAAGUCGACAUGGCCAAGGACACGGUCGUGCAAUCGUGGCUGGGCGGCGACGCGGUCAAGACGCUGACCAGCAAGGGCUAUCAGGUGAUUGACAGCAACUACAACUUCUGGUACCUCGACUGCGGCCGAGGCCAGUGGCUGACGUGGGGGAACGGGGCGGCGUUCGCCCAGGGCUACCCGUUCAACGACUGGUGCGGGCCGACCAAGUCAUGGCAGCUAGUGUACCAGCACGACCCGACGGCCGGGCUGACGGCCGAGGAGGCCAAGCUCGUGCUGGGCGGCGAGGUGGCACUCUGGGCCGAGACCAUCGACCCGGUCAACCUGGACACGCUCGCCUGGCCGCGCGCCAGCGCCGUCGGCGAGGCCCUCUGGUCCGGCCGGAUCGACCCGGCGACGGGCCAGAACCGGAGCCUGGUCGAGGCCGCCCCGCGGCUCAACGAGUUCCGCGAGAGGCUGGUCGCCAGGGGAGUCGGGGCCUCGCCCAUCCAGAUGACCUUCUGCACCCAGGGAAGGGCCGAGGAGUGCGAGUUUAUCGUCGCUUGAGCGGGCGGGUCGCAUCCGCACGAUUUGAUGGGGGAUUUUUCCUCUUCUCUUCUCUUCUCUUCUCUUCUCUUCUCUUCCCUUCCCUUCCCUUCCCUUCCCUUCCCUUCCCUUGUUAAUUUAUUAUUCGGCAACUCUUUUUGCCA